AUGUCAGAUAUGAAUCACUGCCUGGACAUGGCCAAUCAGACCCAGGUCUCUGAGUUCGUCCUCCUCGGCCUUUCUGAGCAGCCCCGGCAGCAGCAGGUGCUCUUGGGGCUCUCCUGCAGCCUGUAUCUGAUUGGUUGCCUGGGGAACCUGCUCACCAUCCUGGCCAUCGUCUCAGACCCUCACCUGCACAGCCCCAUGUACUUCUUCCUCAGCAACUUAUCUCUACUCGACGUCUGCUUCACCUCCACCACCAUCCCCAAGAUGCUGCUGAACCACCUGCGCGGGCUCACCACCAUCUCCUCCUCCGCGUGCCUGGUCCAGAUGUAUUUCUUCAUCACCUUUGGGGCAGCCGACAGCAUCCUCCUCUCGGCCAUGGCUUAUGACCGCUACCUGGCCAUCUGCCGCCCGCUGCACUACCUGACAAUCAUGAGCAUGCUGCGGUGUGCCUUGCUGGUGGCCGUACCUUGGAUCUUGGCCAACAUCAUCUCCAUGGUCCACACUAUUCUGAUGACCCGGUUGUCCUUUUACACCAGUAGGAUCCCACACUUCUUCUGUGACAUUAAUGCCCUAAUCAAGCUCUCCUGCUCUGACACGCACGUCAACGAGAUGCUGAUGUUGGUGCUUGGGGGUUCCGGGGUUAUGGUCCCUUUUGUGUGCAUCAUGGCCUCUUACACUCCCAUCGCUGUGGCUGUGUGGAAGGUGCCCUCGGCCCGGGGGAAGUGGAAAGCGUUCUCCACCUGUGGCUCUCACCUUUGUGUCGUCUCUCUCUUCUACGGGACUAUCAUUGGGGUCUACUUCAACCCUGCCUCCACACACACCACCCACAGGGACAUGGCGGCCACAGUGAUGUACACCAUGGUGACCCCCAUGCUGAACCCCUUCAUCUACAGCCUGCGGAACCGCGAUCUGAGGGGCGCCCUCAGGAAACUUCUCAGCCACAACCACUUGGCUAAGCCUCUGUGA